AUGAACACAGUGCCCAUCAGUCAACAGCCGACAAGUAUUACUGACUGGCUUGAAAAUUUUACAGACGAGCAAAUUCAAGAGUUCCGACAAGCAUUUCUUCUCUACGAUAAAGAUUCAGACGGCGCCAUUCGACCAAAAGUGCUGGGUAAUGUAAUGAGAACAUUAGGACAAAAUCCUACUGAAGAUGAACUUAAAGGAUUAAUCAAUGAAUUUGAUUGUGACGGCAAAGGACUAAUCGAUUUUGAUGAAUUCCUUCAAAUGAUGGCUAAACGAGCCAAUGAACAUAGUGAAGAAGAUGAGUUAAGAGAAGCUUUUCGUGUUUUUGAUAAAAAUGGAGAUGGUUUUAUUAAAGUAUCUGAAUUAAGACAUAUAAUGACCAAUUUAGGUGAACAAUUUUCCGAUGAUGAAGUCGAUGAAAUUAUGCGUGAAAUCGAUACUGAUGGUAAUGGGAUCAUUCGAUAUGAUGAUGUUGUCAAAAUGGUUCUUGGUAAAUAA